CUUUCUUUUUGUUGUCAUUCAGUGAACGGAAGGCUGUUUUCUUGUGCAAGCCAUACAAGGAUUACGUGUCUGCGGUGAGACUACGCCUGGAUUCGCCAGGUUCGCUGGCGUGGUGUGCUCAGCAGCAAAGGCUUCCGGGAAGCCGCCCACGGGUUGAACCUGUGUCUUCUCUGAGUGACGAUGGCUUCUGUGGUCCGCGUAUCAGAGGGCGUCGCCAUGGUCCUCAUAUCCACCCUCGUACUCAUUGGUCUUCGGCCCGCGGUGGGAAUCUCGCUCAAGCUGGGCUGCAACAUAGAAGUGCUGGACAAGUGCGGCGCUGACCUGGUCAUUUUCGGCACAGGCCACACUGUUCCCAACACCACCAAAGAGCUGCUCAAGCAGUGCGAGAUCGAGUUUUCCGCUGGAAUCUGCGCGCGCCAGUUCGCCAACCGGUGCCUCCCGCCGCUUCCACGUGGAAUGGUCGUGGUCAUCCUGGAAGGCAUCAGCCAGGAGGUCUCCUCCAAGUGCAAUGUCUCCAAUCCAUUACACGAUGAGUUCCUGAAGCACGCGCCUUGCAUGAACAAGGUUGGUGACACACUUCACAUGUGCAUGAAGAAGCUCACCCUAAGCCUCGACUACAGCGCCAGCAUUGAGCCACACCUAAGGGUCGGCCGCUCUUGCUGCAACUUCGCCGAGUACCUCAAGUGUUCGGGCGACGCGAUGCGCAAGCAGUGCGGCGAGGACGCGGAGGACUACAUCAAGAAGCUGCUGACGAGGUCGGCGGGCGACUUCAUCGAAAUCGCCUGCAUCAACCACCGAACCGACUUCGAGUCGUGCAAGUCGUCCGCGGCCGUGGUGGACAUGUCGACGACGAGAAUCACCUCCCUACUGUCUCCCAUGGCCAAGCUCGUCUCGGCCGAGGGCUAGCGCCUGCAUUAGCCGAACUCUCGGCUCCUGCGCCCGACUUG